CACAGAGAGAGAGAGAGAGAGAGAGAGAGAGAGAGUGGGUGCAUGAGUUCUUGUGUUGAAAGCCUUGGGAUUGAAGGAGGAACACAAAUGCCUACAAUAUUUCAUACCCUAUUAAUCCCGAAUCCCAUUUGAGGCCCGGAGAAGAAACCCCGCAACACAACAUUCAACUCACUUCACUCUACAUGGCUCCCAACCAUUGGGGGGCGCCUAACACUGCUGGCCUCAGUUUAACCACUACCUGUCACUCCUCUCCACAACAAGAUUUACAACUCUCAAGGAUUAAGCAAGUCUUCUCCGACCACUAUCAUCACCUCAACUACACUCAACUAUUAGGCAGCAGCCUCAACCCAUCAUCAAUAACUCAUCAUCAAUUCAGCCUGAUGACAAACCAGCUAACAAAUUUGCAAUCCGACGACAUCCGAACCAAAUUCUUGCUUAAACCCUUCUCUUCUGCUCAGCUUUCUCCAGGAGAUUUACCUUUCAGUAGUCCAACAGGAUUCAGCCAGAUUUUUCCAGGCGCAAACCUGUCAGAUUUCAAUCAAGAAACAAUUCCAGGUUCCCUGGACAUAUUGAACUUACAGGCAGUAGAUCAUCUCCGCUCGUCUUCAAGAUUCAGUGGGAAUUUCACCCCAGCUUCUUAUGGCCUUGAUCAUGACAUGCACCAACCAUAUCAAAUUCCAUUGCAAAGCUCUAACAAGAUGUCAAGUGAUGGAGCAGCAGAAGCAAAACGAAGCAGCUGCAGUAAAUUAAUGGAGGCAAAGACACUUCAAACUGCACCAAAGAAAUCGCGGGUAGAAGCACGCGCUUCUUGCCCACCCUUUAAGGUGAGAAAAGAGAAACUGGGAGAUAGAAUUGCAGCCCUUCAACAGUUAGUAGCACCUUUUGGCAAGACAGACACAGCAUCCGUACUAAUGGAGGCCAUUGGAUACAUCAAAUUCCUUCACACCCAGGUCCAGACGCUGAGCCUUCCUUACUUGAAGAACACAUCAACCGGUACUCACACCACUACAAUAAUUAAAGCGCAGGGCGGCGAUGGGAAGGAAAGCGAGGAGGCAAAGCGGGAGCUGAGAAGCGGAGGGCUGUGUUUGGUCCCGUUGUCAUGCAUAACUGACGGCGGCGGCGCAGUCAUCUGGCCACCUAAUUAGUACAUUAAUUAUUCCAACGCUUUUAAGCUUAAUUAGUUUAACUUGGUCAUCAACCAGAAAAAGAAAACAAAAUUAAAUGAAUGGACCAAGUUUGAUCCAUUACUAAUUAAGUAGCUAAUCAGCUAUCAUUUUUCCUAGUAAUUAAUUAUGUAUGUAUCGAUGUUUCUGUUGUU